CCUGCCUCUUCCUCACUGAUUCACCACAUGGAUUCUCAAUCCUUAUAUUCUCUUCCCUUCCUUUGUGUCUUCUUCUUUUGUUGCUUCCCUUACACCACCUCCAUUAUAAGCUUUUCCUUCCCGGAAUUCUUACCCUUUGAUAACAACAUCAUAGUUUCUGGUACAGCCUAUAAAGAUCAAGUUGAGGGGCACCCAUCAAUACAACUCACCGAUAAGUCAGCGGGUGACUCUACUCAAGCAUAUGGUCCCGUAGGCCGAGCAUACUAUUACAAACCCAUCCCACUCUGGGAUCCCGUUGCAAAUGUCACAACAAAUUUCACAGCUACUUUUGAGUUUGUAAUCGGAAGGCCGUCAUCUUUCUUAGACAUUGGUUAUGGCAUUGGAUUCUUCAUCACUUCAGAAGAUUCCGUUGAUGCUCCUAAGGAUUCCGGAGGAGGUCGGAUGGGUCUCUUCAAUUCCACAACUAAUGGCAAGUCAUCAAGUCAGAUGGUAGCGGUGGAGUUUGAUACAUUGCAAGAUACAUGGUGGCGGGAUGAUCCUAGUGACAACCACGUUGGUAUCGACGUGAACUCCAUUGUCUCCAAGGUGAGCGGUGCUUGGAAUCUGACUGCCGACAUUUUGGUGGCAACAGUCUCCUAUGAUGGAACCUCCGAGAUUCUCAGUGUGUUUUUGAAAUACUGGAAUCUUCCAAACCUACCCUUGAAUCUUACUUAUAACGUAAAGUUGAGAGACGUUCUCCCAGAAAAAGUGAUGAUGGGCUUCUCUGCAGCAGCCUUUGGAGUCGGCCCAGUCCAAGCGAUCAGAAGUUGGAAUUUCAGUUCAACUUUGGAUCUGGGUUCGACGCAAAAUGGAGGGAAAGGGAACUCUAAGAUGUGGUUGGUAGGAUUAAUAACAGGACUGGUGCUUUUGGUUGCUGGGGUAAGUUUUGGCUCUUACAUUUUGUGGAGAAAUUCCAAAAGAAAAGUAGUAGAAGAAGAUGAAGAUCUAAUAGAAGGAACUGGACCAAAAAUGUUUGCCUACAAGGACUUAGUUGUGGCAACUAAUAACUUUUCAGAGGAAGGGAAGCUAGGGCAAGGAGGUUUUGGAAGCGUCUACAAAGGUUUCUUGGCAAAAACGAACAUGGAAAUUGCAGUGAAGAAGAUAUCAAGCAACUCUAACCAAGGAAAAAAGGAGUACACUUCUGAGGUGAUAACUAUAAGUCGUUUGAGACACCGCAAUUUGGUUCAACUCGUUGGUUGGAGCCACGAACAGGAGUUUGUAGUGGUUUAUGAGUACAUGCCCAAUGGAAGUCUAGAUUCACAUUUAUUUGACUUGAGAAGUCAUCUUUCGUGGCCAAGGAGGUCCAAAAUUGUUCACGGGUUAGCAUCUGGAUUACUCUAUCUCCAUGAGGAAUGGGAGCAAUGUGUAGUGCAUAGAGAUAUCAAAUCAAGCAACGUGAUGUUAGAUUCAAACUUCAACGCAAAACUUGGUGACUUCGGUCUAGCGAGGUUUGUGGACCACGAACUUGGCUCACGAACAACGGAUUUGGCCGGAACCAGGGGCUACGUUGCUCCGGAGUAUUUUAUUACAAGCAAGUUUAGUAAGGAAUCAGAUGUUUUUAGUUUUGGGGUGGUGGCAUUAGAGAUUGCAUGUGGGAGGAAAGUAGUGGAGCCAAAGGUGGAAGCAUCAAAGAUUAGUUUACUCAAUUGGGUGUGGGUGCUAUAUGGAGAGGGAAGGCUUUUAGAAGCAGUGGAUGAGACGCUAAAUGGGGAUUAUGACAUGGACGAGAUGAAAUGUUUGAUGACUAUUGGGCUAUGGUGUGCUAAUCCAGAUCACACUUUAAGACCUUCUAUAAGGCAAGCAAUUAGGGUUCUUAAUUAUGAAGCACCAUUGCCUUCCCUUCCGUCGAAAAUGCCUCUGUCAUCGUACUAUUAUGCCCCUGAAGCGAUGACUGACGAUCAAAUCCAGUACUUCACUUGUACAAGCAAAGGAGGGAGCACAACUGCUACCAAGGACGACUCAAGGGUGUGACACCGAGGGAUUAUUACAAAGUUGAAUGGCAAUUGGAGCACAGGAUUGAUUGUCUUAGUAAUGUUUUUCUUUACCGAUACAAAUGUGGGAUUAUGAAUUAGAAUAUGAAGUAACAUUCUUUCCAAUUGAUGAUAA